AAAUAGGCAUGAUGUUUCAUUCUCCUCCUGAUCAAAGAUGGAUCUGCAAAUCUCAGUUUUUCUUCUGUUCAUUCUCUUCACUGCAGGACACUCUCUCAGCUGUUAUGAGUGCUCGGGUCUGACGGGUUCUUGUGCGGAUCAGAAGUUAAAAACAUGUCCCAGUGGAUCUUCUCAGUGCUUGAGUUUAACAACAGUAGUACAAGCUGGUAAGUCCAAUAUGAUUGAAAUAUACAGUUAUUUGACUGAUGGAGAUGGUGCUAUAAUUUACUGGUGCUGCAACAAAACGGCUACUCCUUUUUCUGGUGGCAUUACUACUAAAGGGAAGGUUAAAGAUUGUGCUGUUGCCUGUCAGAGUGGGUCCAUGAAUUUUGGCAUUUCAAAGGUCUCUACUUCCUGCUGUAACACAGACCAGUGUAACACUCAAGAUGUUCCAGAUCCCCCUAACACCCCCAAUGGAAAGCAAUGUUUCUCUUGUGAUGAAAAGAGCUGCUCAAACACACUGAGCUGUUCAGGGACUGAAGAUCGCUGCUUUAAAGCAACAGGGACUUUUGGAGGCCAGUCAUUGGUUAUAAAAGGCUGUGUGUCUAAAUCUAUUUGUGACGCCUCAUCAGUUAGCAAUGUUGAGGGCGUCUCAUGUUGUGAGGGGAACCUGUGUAACGGGGCUCAGAGUGUCACCCAGAGCGUCCUGUUCCUCUGCUGUUCUCUGCUCUCCUACUUCCUGAUGCACUGAAUACAGCAGAUCUUCACAUUCUACAAUCAGACACACUGCACUGAAUAUACAACUUGUAUUUCUUUGUACUACCAUUGAUGUUCUGAUUUUUUUUUUUUUUUUGAUUGCUGUAGA